AUGCAAACGCCACCAUCAGGCAAUACCUUGAAAUAUCUAUCUAUCUAUCUAUCUAUCUAUCUAUCUAUCUAUCUAUCUAUCUAUAUGGGAAGCUACGAUUCUUUCAAACUUGCUGUUCAUAAAUCGCUAUGUAUUCAUCUUAUUACCUGUUGGAAAGUAUCUAUCUAUCUAUCUAUCUAUCUAUCUAUCUAUCUAUCUAUCUAUCUAUAUAUCUAUCUAUCUAUCUAUCUAUCCCAGUCUGUUCAUAUCUAUCUAUCUAUGUAUCUAUGUAUCUAUCUAUCUAUCUAUCUAUCUAUGUUCCUUGUCUAUCUUCUAUGUCUAUUUAAAUCUAUCUAUGUAGGUCUGUUCAAAUCUAUCUAUCUAUCUAUCUAUCUAUCUAUCUAUCUAUCUAUCUAUCUAUGUUCCUUGUCUGUUCAAAUCUAUCUAUCUAUCUAUCUAUCUAUCUAUCUAUCUAUCUAUCUAUCUAUCUAUCUAUCUUACUGUCAUUUACUAUUGUUUCUUUACGUAACUUUCCUUCUUUUUUCUUUUCACGUUUCUCCUUACACUUUUUGUUCUUUUUCUUUCCUUUAUUUUUACUCUCAUAUCUCCUUAGGUCUGUUUUAUUUUCAACUCUCUCUCUCUCUCUCGCUCUCUCUCUCUCUCUCUCUCUAUCUAUCUAUCUAUCUAUCUAUCUCAUUUAUAUCUGAUCAUAUCUCAAUUUAUUCCUAUCUAUCUAUCUAUCUAUCUAUCUAUCUAUCUAUCAGAGUAUGUUCCUUUCUAUCUCUCAUCCUAUUUUUAAGGUAA